AUGAAAGGAGAAGAGGAGUGUGCUAUAGGUGAACCCAACACUGUUGUGGAAGAGAACAGAGAUGAAGGAGUUCUUCGAGAGAGGCAACAUGCGUAUGGAAUGGCCACGCAUAACCAAACUUCCCAGGGAAAAGAAGCUCUCCAUCACGGAAUGUACGCCCCUGAGGAAGGAAGGGGUUCAAAUGAAACCCCAGAAGAACCACAUAUGGAUAACUCGUUCAGAAUCCCUGAGAUGAAGGAAGAAGAUAAGUACGAAUUUUUAAAUUAUAUGAACUAUUUCUUCCUUGAAGAAGAGAAUAAUGUGAAUACCUACUUUGAAGUUAAAAAUAUUUUAAAAAACAGCAACCUGAGUUUAACAAGCUUUUUUAAGUACAUAUCUUUAUUAUCCCAUGUAGUGUAUUUUCAUCGGAUGGAAGAAAAUAAAUUAUUAACAUCUCACGAUGUAGAAAAUGUGAAGAAUAUUUUGUUAAAAAAUGAACAAUGUUAUGUAGAUAACUACACAGUUGCGUAUAGUUGUCUUAUUUUACUCCUUGAUGUAAUUAAGUUAAGUCCACAUUCAGGAAUAAAAAAUUAUGUUUAUUAUCAUUUGUUGAGAAAUGUAAACAAAAUAGAUGCACUUUUUUUUAGCACUUUCUGUUUUCAAAAAGGAAAAAAUCGGGAUCAUUUUUAUAUCGUCCAAAAAAAUGAAGCCAUAUUUAUUAGUGAUUUUAUAACUCUCCAUAUUAUUAACAUGUUAAAUAGUGAAAAUAAAUUGACAAGAAAUUUUGGCCUCCGAUUAUGUCUCUUAUUUAUUAAACAUGUAAGUGUAUGUAAUCAUAUUAUAUACAAUAUUGUGCGAAUAAUCUUGAAGCAAAUAAAUUUAGAUGAAUUCACUCUUGCUCUUUUAGUCUUCUCCCACUUGACACCAUUUCUCACACACGAUAUUCUCUAUCAUCUUGUUAAAAAUCUUUACAAUAUUAUGCUAAAAGGAUAUCCCACUUUCUCUCCUUCUUCUUUUGUGUGUCUACACACUCAUAGCAAUCAAACAGCAAAAGAAACGUCCAUCGAAGAAAAGCAGAAAGGAAACUUCCCAAAUACAGUAGAUAGCAAGUGGAAAAUUAAUACUGUUACAAACGUGCAAUGUGAAUCAAAACAGAAGGAGGGUGUAGCAAUUGAAACGGAGGGUGCAGCAAUUGAAACGGAGGAUGGAAAAAUUGAAACAAUUGUUACGAAUACAUUUCCUUCUAUUUAUGCAAAGCAGCAGGAGAAAGGGAUGCACCUUGAAAAUGGAACAUAUCUGCAGAGUGAAAAAAACCAAAUUGAUGACAUACAAAAUGGUACGCAGAAAAGUAGAAAAGAGAAGAACAUUGUACAGAAUUCGUUCUGUGUUAAAGAUGUCAGCAUAAUUGGUUAUGAAAAAAGAGAUGAUAAGGAUUCUUGGUCAAAAAAGGGUAAUCCUUGCAUGAACAAUGGUAGAAGAGAAGCGGUAACAAAGCAAAGCAUCAAAUAUGAGAACCAGCUUAAUGGAACUCAAUGUUGUAACGAAAGAAAAGGAAUUAAUCUACAAAAUCCAUUCAUAUUCACAACAUGCAUAUAUUUAGCAGUAAUUGCAAAUAAAUUAAACGAAUUGAUGCCAUACGUAAGUUAUUUUUUAUUUAGAAAGUUCUGGAAAACAAUCAACAUUCUGUUCAAUCAAGAGGAAUCUGCCAACAAUAGUGAAGAUGCAAUUAUGACAGUUCUCCAUGUAUACUUUCACAUUACAACCUUGUUAAGUUGCAAAAAUUCUUUUCUGAGAAAUUUACAAAUUAUUGCUAUUAAACUAGUGUUAAUGGUACCACAAACCAGACUAAUGAAAAGGAGAAAACUAUCUUAUUUCUCUUUGAGAAGUUUAUUAUUUUUAAUUAAAAAAAAACAUAUUCAUAUACAUCCUCUCAUGACUGAUGCAUUCUUAAAAGGAAGCAAUAACAACCCAUGGGAAGAAAAUUUUCAUUUUUCAUAUUUCUCAUUCACAUCAACCAUUCGGGAUUACGAAUUAAUAGUGUGGUUAAAUUGUCUUCACUUGAAGCGUAAUUGUGAUGGUGCUCGUGCUGGUAAUGAUGAUGAUGGUUGUGCUGGUGCUGGUAAUGAUGAUGGUUGUACUCGUGCUGAUAAUGAUGAUGGUUGUACUCGUGCUGGUAACAAUGGUGACGCUUCUUCUCUUUUCAUUUUUUUGCAAAUUGUGUACCACUUUUUUAAAUUAAAAAACAGUCAGAAUUACCUGACUUGUUCAGGUAAAAAUGGACAAACCAAUGUUAAACAUUUUAUUAAGCAAUACACCAACCAAUCCAACAACCAAUGCAAGGAUGUAAACACAAAUUUUGCUAUCACUGGAGAUAUCAUGAACAAUUAUUACAAUCUCAGAGAGGAUGUAUUCCCCAGCUUGACUCGUGCACAUGACGAUUCCUUUAUUCAAAAUUUUGUAUGCACAAUGAAAGAGAACUUUUUUUCAUGCAUAAGUUGUCCUACCCAAAGUGUCAAAAAAUUAAAUUCUGAUUUUUCAUACAAUUGUGCAAUGAGGAAAGAGGAACAAUCAUCCGGGGUAGUAGGAUCUGCAGAAGAACAUGAGCUAGCCAAAUUUUCGUAUAAAGAAAAUAUACAUUGUAACAAAGAAAAAAAAAAAAAAAAAAAAAGAAACAGUAAAAACAACAUGAAUGCACAAGAAAAAGGAAAAUUUUAUUUCACCAUAAUGAUGAGCGAUAGUGAGGCAGAAAAUAAUCACAAGCAAGAAGAUGAUGACUACAUGAAGAUGCAGGGUGGAAAUAGCAGGAACGAAGAUGUAGACUCCUUUUUUGAAAGGUUUAUUCAGCUAGCCAAAGAAAAUGAAAAGGCAGGUGAUAUACACGUAAAGGAGCUAGAUAUAAUUUUAAAAAUAAAAGAAAAGAAAUUGCAAGAAAUUGGGAAUAACCAAUUGCAGUGUGGAAACGAGGUUCAACGUGAGGGUGAGGGUGAAGAUGAUAACCACAGGAAUGGAGAGACAAACGACACAACUAAUGAAGAGAACAUCAAUGGAGAGACAAACGAAGCAACAAAUGAAGGGGACGGCGAUGGAGAGCCAAACGAAGAAAGAGAAAAAAUGCAAGUGAAAAACAGCCCUUCAUCCAAAAGGAGAAAAGGAAAAAUGUUUAACGAUCAAGAGAAUUCUUAUAAGCAGUACACCCAUCACAACGAAGAAGAAGAAGUUAAGAAUAUUUCAGAUAAUAGUCCAGUAAGCGGUUCAGUUAGCGAAAUAAGUAAUGAACAAAAGAGCACAUGCAAAAAAGAUUACGAAAAAGAUUUAUUAAACAGACAUAGGAAAGAAAGAAAAGGAAAGAAUAUAAACAAGGAAAGCAUCCUAUUACACUGUUACAAAUUGUUAAAAAAAAAUAAAAUAAAAUUGGACAGUUUUAUAUGCGAAGAUUAUUUCAAUGGAUACACCCUGGAAAAUAAUUUUUUUAUGAGAUUUAAAAAAGAAUUUUUAAAAAAAAAAAUAAAAAAAAAAUACACUACAAAUGGUAACAAUUUAAAAAUUAGAGAAAAACACUUUUUUAACAAAGUCCAACAAGAAUGUAUAGGGAAAUCAUUAGUAGAAAAUAUACCAGAUGAUUUUAUUUUGAAUAGAAUUAUGAUAAUAAAGAUACUCUUCUUCCUUCACAAGUAUAGCAGUGGGAAUAUAUUAAUCAGCUUAUAUAUAUCAAAAGUGCUAUCCAUUCUUGGUACAUACAUUAUAUAUGAUGAAGAUGUUCGUGAUUUUGUAAGAUUGAUUAAUUAUCUUUCUCUAAGUUUUUUUCUCAAUAAAAAUCACACAAAUGUGGAUGAAAUGACCAACAGAGAAGGUAUUGACGUCUCUCAUCCAGUGAAGAAUUACACGCAUAGCAUGAGAAAAAGUGUACAUAUGAGUGCUAACAGGAGAUCUACAAGGAGGAGUACAAAGUCUACUCAUAGUGAAGCAUUUCCUGGUCGUUCAAACGGAUUACACACCGGAGAGGAUGAAGUGGUUGAAGUGGACGAAGCGGACGAAGUGGACGAAGCGGACGAAGUGGAUGAAGUGGAUGAAGUGGACGAAGCGGACGAAGUGGAUGAAGCGGACGAAGUGGACGAAGCAGAUGAAGCGGACGAAAUGAACGAAGAAAAAGGUCGCACUAAACAGAAUGGAACUAAUUUCGAUCUCUUUUUGAGAGGGAUGUCUUUUAGCUUGUUAAGCGACCAAUCGAGUUGCCCCACAAGUUAUGGUUAUAAUAGAAGCCCAUACCACAAAAGUAGUAUUUUCAAAAAUUUUGUGCAUAAAUACUUACUAAGAAUAGCCGGUAAACUAAGAAUGUGCAACAAUAGUCAUCUUUUAAACUGCCUUUUUCAAUCAUUCUGCAAUAAGAAGUUUGUUCUAUUUUUCGAUUUUUUCUUUAUUUUACACAAAGAGAAAAUAGAGCAAAUUUUGAAAGAUCCCUUUUUUUAUUUUCUAAUUGAUAGCAAAAUGUCUGUACAAAGCGGUCGCUAUUCCUUAUGCAACUCUAAAGGGAUCCCUGAAUGUGAUGCAGUUUUCAACCAAUACAGAAAGGAAGAGGCACAAAAGAGUGUUAUGGACGGGAUAUGCAUUAAGAGCAGUGUUAAUGACAAUCCAUUUUAUUUCCUAAAAAGAAGUAAUUUUUUUCAAAUCUUUAACAUAUGUCAACAAGAGGAUGACCACCCAGCUAGCUAUCACAAUGUAAGGUACCUUUUUUAUUUUUCGAUCGACAAUUGUGGGAGGGGAAAAGAAGCAACUACUGCAAUGCGUAAGAAGGUUUACAUUUUUCUGAACAUUUUAAAUCAUAUUUUUACUUUUAAAAAGGAGAAGAAGAACAAAUCUUGCUCUUUUGCCUUCUUGGGAGGAGAAGGAGAAGAAGGAAGAAGAAAAAAACAGAAAAAAAAAAAAAAAAUAUGCACAAGUCAGGCAAAUUUGUCGAAUGGCAGCAAAAUAGGGGAUGAUGAAAAAAAAAAGGACAAGGUAACUGUGGAAAAUGAAGGGAUGACAAAAUUCACAUUACAAGAUUUGCAUACCUCGAGAGAAGAUGUAUGUCGUGAAACUGAAAAGGAUCAGAAUUUAUCAAUAAAAUAUAAAUCGAACGUAUCCCGAGAGUCAGCAGAAGAAAGUGUGGAAAAAUUAACAUACACCAGCAGUAGUAGCACAUUUGACAAUUUCUCAUCUACCUGUGCCACGUCAGAUUAUCAAUCCAGCACAAACAAAGAGGAGGGAACUAUUUCAAACGCUAGUUCUGUUUCUUCUUUGUCAAAUAAAUCUUUUCAAAAGGAGGUGAUAAAGACGUACAAAAGGUUGCAAUAUCAAGAAAAAAUAUCAGCACAAGAAAAUGUCAAAAUAGCCAAUUUAAAAAAAAAUGAAAAAUCUUUUUUUUACAUGUACAGGAUAGGUAAAUAUUGUGUAUGUGCAGGUUUUUAUAAACAUAGUUAUGACAUAUUUGAAAAAUUAUACGUAUUAACAAACGCGAGGGAUAUCAAAUUAUGGUAUAGAGCUUUAUUAAAUUAUUGCAAAUUUUGUUAUAGAAAAAGAAAGAAAUCAAAUGGGGACUGGAAAACUUUUUUAAGUCCAAUAAAAUUUUUACAUAUUUCUGAACAGUGCAUAAAGGAGAUAGACAUUUUUCGGGAAAAUUUUUUUCCUUUUUCUUUUUUUUUAAAAAUACAAAUGAAUAUAUACAGAGCUAUAGAAAAUUUAUUAAUUCUCGUAAAUGACAUAAGAGAUGAAAUAAAUUUUACUCUUGCUUAUUUUUCGUACAACAUUCAAAAAAUUAUUUCUUCCUUGAAGGAAGUUAUGAGAGCCCUGUUAGCAAUUCUAGCCAUCAAGUAUUUAUUUUCAGGUGUCUCCAAACGGAUACUACAUGUUUAUGUUGUUUUGCUCAAGUCCAUUUUUAUAUUGUGUUCCUUUUUGAAGCAUAAGGUGAUUCCAUACUUGUUUCUUAACCAAUCUUUCUUGUUUAACACACUUGUUGGUGGUGUGACAUUGGCCGAGGAAGUAAACGGAUCAUUAGUUGAUGGUACUGCAAACAAAUGCAGUAGAGGUGGAAGAAGUGGCAGGAGUAGAAGAAGUAGCAGGAGUGGCAGAAGUAGCAGGAGUGGCAGAAGUAGCAGGAGUGGCAGAAGUAGCAGAAGUAGCGGAAGUAGCAUAAGUAGCAGAAGUAGCAACAGUAGCAACAGUAGCAACAGUAGCAACAGUAGCAACAGUAGCAACAGUAGCAACAGUAGCAGCGGAGGCUAUUCCAGUUUUUCCACGUCCAGUGAUAAGAACAAUUAUAAUUGCAAGAAACAGUAUGUUUUUGACAAAUAUGAUGGCACGCUACGUUGGAUCGUACGGUUUUAUACGCACAAGAAGAGAAAAAAAAGCAUGAAUAGAAAUAUAUUCGCAAAGGAAAUAAAAAAUGUGCAAGGAAAAAAUUUCCCAGAUAUUUUUGAGUACAUAAUGACCCUCUGGCAGAUGAAAACUUGUAACUUUUUUUUUUAUGAACAUGUUCAGAAUUUAAAAGAACUUUAUGACCAAUUUUUUAAAGACGGAAUGUUCAAUAAAAAGAAGAUAAUGACAUUUAUCAAAGUAUACUUGGAGGUAGUGUAUCGCAUAGACUAUCCAAGUCCCCCUCGCAUUUUGUCGUCCAUGCCUGCCCCAUACAUUUCCAGUUCUACCUACGUGUACAAAUCGAACAAAGGACGAUCGAUGCACCAAGUGGAGACAAUCAAAUGCAUAGGUCAAUUGACCAACGCUAAGGCCCACGUAAUGCGAGAUUUCCAUUUUUGCAACUUUAAACUAGUGCUGAAAAAUAAAAUAAUCAGAGAACUCAAUGUGAAAAGUCAAGGAAUCAACGUUAUGUACACAGUCCACAUAAAAAUAGAAGAAGAAAACAUGAAACAUUUUCAUAUUUUUUUAACUCCACUUGAUAAAAAUAAAACCUUACUUGGUCAGGCAAAAUCUACUGUUUUUUAUUUCAAGUAUGUGUGA